CAAACGUCAAGAGCACACCACCCAUCCACAUCCAACUCACUUCCCAGUAAACAACCGUCAAGAGCACACCACCCACCCACAUCCAACUCACUUCCCAGUAAACAACCGUCAAGAGCACACCACCCAUCCACAUCCAACUCACUUCCCAGUAAACAACCGUCAAGAGCACACCACCCAUCCACAUCCAACUCACUUCCCAGUAAACAACCGUCAAGAGCACACCACCCACCCACAUCCAACUCACUUCCCAGUAAACAACCGUCAAGAGCACACCACCCACCCACAUCCAACUCACUUCCCAGUAAACAACCGUCAAGAGCACACCACCCACCCACAUCCAACUCACUUCCCAGUAAACAACCGUCAAGAGCACACCACCCAUCCACAUCCAACUCACUUCCCAGUAAACAACCGUCAAGAGCACACCACCCAUCCACAUCCAACUCACUUCCCAGUAAACAACCGUCAAGAGCACACCACCCACCCACAUCCAACUCACUUCCCAGUAAACAACCGUCAAGAGCACACCACCCACCCACAUCCAACUCACUUCCCAGUAAACAACCGUCAAGAGCACACCACCCAUCCACAUCCAACCCACUUCCCAGUAAACAAACGUCAAGAGCACACCACCCACCCACAUCCAACUCACUUCCCAGUAAACAAACGUCAAGAGCACACCACCCAUCCACAUCCAACUCACUUCCCAGUAAACAAACGUCAAGAGCACACCACCCAUCCACAUCCAACUCACUUCCCAGUAAACAACCGUCAAGAGCACACCACCCAUCCACAUCCAACUCACUUCCCAGUAAACAAACGUCAGGAGCACACCACCCAUCCACAUCCAACCCACUUCCCAGUUCUUCAAGUGUAAAUUCAAGAAAUGUGAAUACCUGUUUUUUUCAAAAAUAAAUAGUAAAUUAUUUUUAAAAUGACAAUAAAAAAACGCAUUUGUUUA